GGCGGCGGAGCUGCUGUUCUCGACAUGCCCGCGAAGGAUCUCUACCGGCGCAAGCAGAGUCAACUUGGAAUUCGACCUUCAAAAACAAAUGUCAGGAGAAGGGAUGAAGAGGGGGGCGUCGAAGUGGGUGAGGGGGCCGAGGAGUGGGGCCAGGCCAAGACAUUAAUCAAGCCCCCAGACCAGCUGGACCUGACUGAUGCGGAACUGAAGGAGGAAAUCACCCGUAUCCUGACCGCCAACAACCCCCAUGCUCCACAGAACAUUGUCCGGUACAGUUUUAAAGAAAGGGCCUACAAGCAAACCUCAGUGGUGGAGCAGAUGGCAGUUCACUUCUCUCUUUGUGGGAACCUGAUCUUCAAAGAUUCGGAUGAGGGUCGCAGGCAGGGCAUGAGGAAAAGAGAGCGGAAGCUGACCAACCAGUUUAAUUUCAGCGAAAGAGCCUCCCAGACCUUCAACAACCCCGUGCGGGACAGGGCCUGCCAGAUGGAGCCCCCGCCCAGAGCAACUUUCUCGGACACUGCUAACCAGUGGAACAUCUACGAUGCUUAUGUGGAAGAACUUCAAAAGCUGGAAAAGUCCAAGGAGAAAGAAAAACAGAAAGCCCCUGUGACUAAGAAAGAAGACAAGAUGAUGGGAAGGAAAUUAACCUCUCUGGAAUCACAGAGCGACGACAUCAACAAAGUGGCCAAGGCGGCAAAGAUCGUGGAGCGGAUGGUCAACCAGAACACCUUUGACGACAUCGCUCAAGAUUUCAAGUACUUCGAAGACGCCUCCGAUGAGUACCGGGAUAACAUGGGAACGCUGCUGCCCCUCUGGAAGUUUCAGUAUGACAAAGCCAAGCGGCUGGCCGUCACCGCCCUCUCCUGGAAUCCCAAAUACAAAGAUUCAUUCCUCGUUGGACACGGCUCUUGUUGUGGGACUUCCUUUGAUUUUCACAAGAAGAUUGAUUAUCUGUUCCUAGUGGGUACCGAGGAAGGCAAAAUCUACAAGUGCUCCAAGACCUACUCGAGCCAGUUCCUGGAUAUCUUCCACGCUCACCACAUGGCGGUGGACGCCGUCCGCUGGAACCCCUUCCACAGCAAGGUCUUCAUUUCCUGCAGCUCGGACUGGACCGUGAAGAUCUGGGAUCACACCAUCAAGACACCCAUGUUUAUCUACGACCUGAAUUCUGCGGUUGGCGACGUGGCGUGGGCGCCGUAUUCCUCCACCGUCUUUGCGGCUGUAACCACCGACGGGAAGACGUACAUCUUUGACUUAAGCGUCAACAAAUACGAACCCAUUUGCCACCAGCCGGUGGUAGCCAAGAAGCGGAACAAGAUCACUCACGUCCAGUUCAACGCCAUCUACCCCAUCAUCAUCGUCGGGGAUGACCGUGGCCACGUCACCUGCCUGAAGCUCUCUCCCAACCUCCGCAAGAUGCCCAAGGAGAAAAAGGGCCAAGAGGUCCAGAAAGGGCCCGAAGUGGAGAUCGCAAAACUGGACAAACUCCUGAAUUUGGUGAGAGAACCGGCACCCAAAACCAGCAAGUGAGCUGCAUCCAAGCUGCCCCGUUCCCUUCCCCUUCCCCCCCCCCCCCCCCCGGCAGGGAAGCACCGGAGUCCAGGCGCGAGAAUGCUUUGUCCGGGACAGCGGCCAUGGGUGGCCGGCUGUGCCAAAGCGGCCUCGGGAAACACAUUUCCAACACAAAGAGGCUUUUUAGUUGUUGUUGUUGUUCAAAGGUUUUGCAUGCAGAAAAAAUAAAAGUGGAGAUUUG